AUGGCUAGCCUCAAGGACUUCCGCGUUUUGACGUUCGACGUCUACGGCACCUUGAUCGACUGGGAGACGGGCGUGCUGACAGCCCUGCAACCCCUCCUGGACGACAACAAGCGCACCGACUUCUCCCGCAAGCAACUCCUCGACGCCUACCACGAAUGCGAAGUCAAGCAGCAGUCCGCAACCCCUGGCCUCCCCUACUCGCAGCUCCUCACAGCGAUCCACCCCCAGAUCGCCGCCAAACUCGGUCUAGCGUCCGCCCCGUCCGCCGAGGCCUCAAAGGCCUUUGGCAACUCCGUCGGCGACUGGCCCGCAUUCCCGGACACGGUCGACGCCCUCCGCCGCCUCGGGACGCACUACAAGCUCGUUGUCCUCUCCAACGUCGACCGCGCCUCCUUCGCGCUCAGCAACGCGGGACCCCUCGCGGGCGUGCCGUUCGACCUCGUCAUCACGGCGCAGGAUGUGGGUUCGUAUAAGCCCGACCAACGCAACUUUGAGUACAUGCUCCGUGAGGUGAAGGAGAAGUUUGGGGUCGAGAGGCAGCAGGUGCUGCAGACGGCGCAGAGCCAGUUCCAUGAUCACCACCCGGCCCAGGAAGCUGGUAUCAAGUCAUCUUGGAUUGUGCGGCCUGGUGCGGUGAUGGGUAAUAGGGAUCGCGAGGUAUAUGACUGGAAAUUUGACACGCUGGGGUUGAUGGCUGAUUCACUUGAGAAGGAGCUGGCUUGA